GACGGUGGCACCCGAGCCUGGCUACAGGUUGCUGGAUCCUUUCUCGUCUUUGGAAAUCUCUUUGGCUUUGUCUUCGCUUUCGGUACCUUUCAAUCCUACUACGAGCUCACAUACCUCCCCUCUACGUCCGCAUCUAAUAUCGCAUGGAUCGGCACCGUUGCGCUCUUCCUCCUUCUGUUUGUCGGCUCUCUCUCAGGUCCCCUCUUCGACAGGGGCUAUUUCCGUACGAUGCUCCUACUCGGCGCUGCUAUCGAAACCCUCGGCGUCUUCCUCGUGUCUAUUUCCACGACAUACUGGCAACUAAUGCUUACGCAAGGCGUACUAAUGGGUCUCGGCAACGGACUUCUCUUCCUCCCGGGCAUAGCGCUAGUCUCGCGCUCGUUUCGUAAACACCGCGCUGUCGCUAUGGGUAUUGCUACUUGUGGAUCGCCUGUUGGCGGCGUUGUCUACAUCCUCGUAUUCGAACGAUUGAUCUUACGCACCACCUUCGGCGAGACCGUACGGGCAAUGGGCUUUCUCAUGCUAGGAACCUAUGCUCUAUCUAUACCGCUGCUCCUCUUCCGCGCGACCAACCUCGGCGAUCUGGUAGCUGGGGGUGCGUCUCGUCCACGCCAGCUCUUCGAUCGUGCCGCGCUAAGCGAUGCUCCUUUCUGGAUUUACACCAUUUCCAACUUCCUCAUCUUCUGCGGCUAUACGAACCCCAUCGUCUUCAUUCCCUCUUACGCACAACAAGUCCUAGGGACGUCGCGUAGCACUUCGUUCAACAUCGCAAUCAUCGCACAGGCGACGAGCAUUAUCGGGCGCAUCGUUGCAGGGCUGGCAGCCGCGAGAAUCGGAGGCAUAAUCCCGUUGAUUUUCUGCGUUGUUUCGAGCGCAAGCGUCAAUCUGGGCUGGAUCGGCGCGACGUCGGUGGGCUCCUUCAUCGCAUAUUCGGCCUUGUAUGGGACGUGUAGCGGGGCCAUAGUGCCGCUUCCACCGAGCGUGUUUCCCGCGGUAUGUCCCGACAGGAAGCUUCUCGGUACAAGACUGGGCAUGUCGCAGGGGAUUCAGGCCUUUGCGAGCUUGAUCGGGUCGCCCAUUGCAGGGGCGUUGGCGGAGGUCGGCGGGCAGAGGUAUUUGGGACUGCAGCUGUUUACGGGGUUGGUCAUGUUCGCAGGCGGAGCGGGAUUGUUUGCACUG